AGAAAGGUGCAGAGAGGAAGAGGGAAAACAAAGGAAGGGGAGAGAGAAAGAAAGAGGCAGAGAGAUGAAGUGAGAGAGAGGUAGAGAGAGAGAGCGAGGUGUCAGUGCAGCAGCUCCCGGCUCAGAUGAUGGUGAAGUGAACUUGCAGUAUGUGUGUGUACAGUCAUGGGAGCGGACGCUGAUGUGCGCGCCACAGCGCGUCCUGCGCUCCGUGCGUCAGACAUGGGCUCGGACUGUGAAAGUUACUACAGCAAGGAGAACGUGUUCGUGGAGGGAUUCACGUGUCCGAGAGCGGACAAUGACUCCACGGCUCUUUACUGCUGCGGCUUCAGUGACCUGAAGUACUGUUGUGACGACCCCAACAGCUUCUUCCCAUACGAGUAUGGAUACAUGUGGUGGUUGAGUCUCGGAGCUCUGGUGGGUCUCUCUGUAGCAGCGUUGGUUCUUCUUGCCUUCAUCAUCACCCUGUGUGUACUCUGCUAUCUGUUCAUCACCACCAAACCCAGAGGGCUGGAUAAUGGGCUGCCUCUACGAGCACCAGGUUCUUCAUCGAGUCCACAAGGACCAGGACCGAGUCAUAGCAGUGCAACUUCUGGACCUCAAGGCCUCAGGAAACACUUCCUGAGGGGCAAGCUGGACUGUGACAACCAGCCGCCAGACCCCGACCGCCUUUUCCAGCGUUGUUUCAUGGCUACUGUGACAUCCAUCAACGUCGAGGGUCCUGCAUAGACUCGUAGACGGUUUGACUUGAGGAGCAGCUACUUUUACUUUGAUUCUUUCUACUAUGCUCAUUCUACUGAAAGCUAAAAUUGGUUUGAAUUUAGAAUGUCACAUAUUAAAAAAAAAAAAUUUGACAUUUGACAAAAUCAAAUGUAAACCUUGAGAAAGCAAACUGUAGCAGAGAAACGAGAUGAGACCUUGAUUGCUUUAUAUUUCGUCUUUUGCAGCUUAAGCAACCCACAUUUUCCAUUGAAAUCUCCCAUUAUUUUGUUGCCAGUUGGAUCUAGUCCCCAUCAUGAAAGCAGGUGUGAUGGGCUGUGAUUUUCAUUUUGGUAAAUCUGCAGUAAAUGGUCAACCAUUUGAUAUAAUCUUUUAAGAUUGACAUUCUCUAAAGUAUAUUGUUGUUAUCAUUUGUUGUUCCUGAAUUUUUUUUUUCUUUAAACCGGAAAGAAAAAUAUGCAGGAUUUAUCCGCUUAAAAUGAGUUUUUCAAAUGAGAUCCAUUGAGGAAUAACCUCAGCAUGUUGAACAAUGAAUAACCACUGAUGCAGAUGUUUUUGAUAAACAAUAAAAACAUCUGCAUCUAUGUUUCUGAAGUCACCGUUUUACCCACAUAUAACCUGGUGGCCACUAACUCGGCCACCAGGUUAGCUUUUACACUGUGAUGGAGAAGAUAAAGACUGUAAUAGGCUUCAUUUAUUAUUGAGCUGAAUAAUACAAAUUCAAAAAGGAGGAGCAUGCAGGACUUUGAUGAAAGAUGUGAAAGUACAGGAUCUUCAUGCAGCCUGUUCUACAUAGACCUAGAGUCUGUCAGCCCACCACUCUGGCCCACACAUCUCAACAAAUGUCAGAAGAAACCUUAUUCAGUCAUUCAGUCUCCUGAGGAUUCAAUCCUACUGAAUUUGUGGCUUCUCUGACUAUUUGCCUUGGGCCACCAUUAGGUGCACAUGUUUGGUCUUGUCUCGAAAAGUAGUGGAUGAAUUACCAUGAAACUUGGUUCACAUGCACAAACACACGCUCUCACACACACACGCACACACACGCCACACACACACACACACACACACACACACACACACAAGUUCCCUUCAGGAUAAAAGAUUUUACUUUGUAUAAGACUUUGGUCACUAACCGACCAUUGAACAGAUUUCUUAGAGGUGACAUUGACAAGAAAAUAAAUGUUGCUAUAUUUACUUAAAGACAUGGUCAGAUACAUUGAAAUACACAUACACACAGGCUAACUUAUACGGACAAUGGUGCAACAAAUAGAGCUGUGCAUGUGUGAGAUGUCAGUCAUGCAUUUAGUGGACAUGACACACCAGCUGUAAUGUCAACAGACUGCCUCCAUAGCCUGAAUGGAGCCUGAAUGUGAGACUUUUUUUUAAAUGUGUGUUGUUGUGAAGAAACAGGCAAUAUGUUACUUAACUUAUGUGGACAUGCAAAAGUUCCUAGCUUUAGUGAAUAAUUUGCUUUAACUUGUAAACUGCAUGCUGUGUGUAAAUGAAGUGUGAGCAAUGGCAUAAAUCACACCCAAAGAAAUAUUUGUAUUUACUUUGAUAUUUUGCUUUUCAGAAGUUGCCUAAAUGAAGAGAAGGCAGACUUGUUGAUUUGUGUUGUCAAAAAAUUUGAGGAAUCUUGUCACAUGCACUUGUCAAUUCUGGUAGGAGAAUGGUCACAGUAUUAGACAGUCUGAUGCCCAUGUCCUGGAGAUGUUUUGAUUGCGGCAAAGCAGAAACCUGUUGUAGCCGUAAACUCACGUUGUGCCAUGAAUUCUCAGAAUAUUCAUGUGAUGUCUGUUUUGUUUAAUAGCUUUGUACUUUGUGCGAGAUAUUUAGCAGCUCAAGUGCCUCUGACUUUGUACAUGUUUUUUUUCCCAAACUUAAUAAACAUACAACUUCAAAUGA